AAGCGACAAUAUCCUAUACAUUUCCUUUCUGCCAAUCGUAGAGGAAGUAGUACGAGUCGUCUAAUGAGUGUAUUUGAUGGUAAUAUGAAUAUCAUUAUUAUUUCCUUUCAUUUUAUUUAAGACGGGAAAGCAUUUGAAAUCAGAAAUCCUUUGACUCGAUCGUAGCACGUGCUUUAUCUUUAAUCGUUACCGUCAUGUCCGGGUCGCAGCCAGAACGGUCACUGAACCACCAGGUCGUACUCGAAGAAGAUGAGUACACAGCGGCCCUAUCUCAUAUUAUUGCACGGGAUUUCUUUCCCUCACUCGCUCAUCUUGAUGCUACAAACGAAUACUUGGACGCCCUCGACACACGCGACCCACAUCUCAUUACCGCAUCUGUUCGGCGAAUUGAAGAACUGAACGCCACUCCUGCGCCUACACGUCGCCGGCAGGUAGCACCAAAUCAGACUCCAUCUCAGACUCCGUACGGCUUUGGCAACGCUCCAUUCGAUACUCCCCUUCGCACGCCAUCCAACUCUACUGUCCGUGGUGAACCGCCCCAGAAACGACCUCGUUACGACACCUCUGUCAGUUUGGAUACAUUCCAGGCUCGCUAUACUUCCGAAGACAACUCUAGUUUUACCCAGAUAUUGGACAGUGAGAACCAGGCACGGAAAGAGAGAUGGGGGUGGGCAUGGGACGCUCAGAAAAGGGUGGAAGGGCAUAAGCUCAGAGUAGAGGCGGCAAGGGAACAGAUGCUGUUGGAGGGACCUUCAGAAAGUAGCUCAAGGCCUGGCGUUCGGGAGAAGGUGAUGAUUGAACCUGCGAAGCCUCCUGCAGGUUUAAUAACCAACGGUGACGAGGAUGAAGACAAGAAGACGUCAGAUAAGAACGAGAAAAGGAAGGAAUUGGCUUUACAGGAGUCUGCUGAAGGCCAGCAAGCUUCGGUUACCGAUGUGAUGGCUCCUAGGAAAGAUACUCGCCCUGCCGGUGUCGAUGGAUGGAAUUUUAAGGCUCGAAAUUCUUUAAUGUUUCCACCGGACGCAGAUGAAUCGCCAUAUCAUAAACCGGCCCAAGCCGAAAUUAAAUCCACAGAGGACCCUAAAGUUGUCGUUUACUCAAGCACUCGACUGCAAGAUGACUCUUCGUCGGCGUCUAGGGGCCUAUCUGCGCCACCAAGUCCUACUCGCAGUCGGAUAGAUGCCGCUAUUAAAGGCACACCAUACCGUCCUCGUUCUCCAACCAUUAAUAAUUUCUCGCUGGUACCUAAUUUUCCUUCACCGACACCAUCUGAGUUGGGACCAGCAGCGGUCAAAGAACUCAUGACCUGGGGGACACUCAGCGCUACACCAAGAAUCAUAUCCCAGAGUGAUGAUCCUGCAGAUCUUCCACCUCCCACUACACCAUUCCACCUUCCCGCUCCCUCAGCGAGAGAGCGAAUAUCUCAGAAGUUAUCCAAUGACGCUUCCAAAAGCCUUCGUGCCAAAGCUGGAUUGCUAGGUCUUAGUCGAACGCCCGGUGGUCCUUCGCAAACUCCAAUGGGUAAAAAGGGUACAAUGCUGCCACCAUCUUGGACGCCACGCAGGUCGGAAGCUGCAGGCAAUUUGACACCAGCAGCAAAGCGACUAUUGGACCGAACGACGAUGGGAACGGUAGCAUCAAGAAGGGCUGAGGCAAUGGAAAAAGCGGCAGGAUGGAGCGCCGGACAGAAAGACAUAAGUAAAGUACGAUGGACACCUACGCCAAACAGUGGAGUACGACGAUAAUGAAUAUUAUUAUAUUUGUAUCCGACCCAGUGUACAGCUAACUUUCUGAUACACGCCGCCGUUUACUUUGAGGUUCCUGGCUGUUCUGUGAUACAUCCUCGCCGGUGGGUGGUUCGCGCUUCCUAUCGUUUGCCAGGACUUCUUUGGCUGGUGGUGGUUUCGCGAUAGGCGCUGGCUUGCCCUUCUUUUUGACAAUGACACCCUUAAGACCCUUCUUGACGUCCUUCUUUGGAGCAGUUGCUUGUAAAGUGGGUGGAGCGGCCACGGGUUUGGUACUGAUAGGCGGAGGAUUAGAUGCGCUCGUUCUUGCUGCUACAGCUCUGUC